AUGAAUUCGAAUCAAGAGUAUUUAGUAAAAUGGAUUCAAGAACUAGCAAAAGGUGGUUCGAUGAGUGAAUAUCGUUGGAAUUCUGGUUCAACUUUCAAUGGUAAACAAUGGAAGGAUCAUUUACCAACCGAUGCUGCUAUUGUAAUGCAUUUGAUGGCUACUUACUUGGAUACACAAUUGGUUCCAUUACCACAUCAACCAGAUGCAAGACCAUUUAGUACAAGACAUCUAUGUAAAGGAUCAUCUGUUGGUGUAGUUGGAGGUGUAGAAAGAGGAUCCAAUCAAUUAGCAUCAGUUGUAAUACGUCAACUAUUAACAACGUUAUCUAAUCCAAUUCCUUCUUGUAGUUUGUUGUGGAUAAUGGGUAUGUUGUAA